AUGCGACAUUUUUUUCUUCAUGUUGUUUCGCUAACUUUAUACACAUCGGAUAAGGCCAAUGUAAACCAAGUCGGCAAUCGUAUAGAGACCUUGACGCACACGCAAUUUAUGUACGAGCAUCAGAUUAGAGACUUACAAGCUAUGGUGCAACAAUUGACGUAUGCCAAAGAAAGGAAUUUAUGAUGGUCACAAAUAUAUUGGUAAAAACAUAGCAAGUGCAUAUGCCAAGUUGGAAAAAUUGACAAUGCUGGCCAAAAAGAAGAGUCUUUUUGAUGAUCGACCGCAAGAGAUUCAUGAAUUGACUUACAUCAUGGUGUAUGCGUUACAAUCUAAAUUAGCCAGCAUGGGCACCGACUUCAAACAGAUACUAGAAGCGCGUAUAGAAAAUCUCAAACAACAAAAAGCGCGUCGGGAUCAAUUCGGGCAGUCACCAAUUGCUGCUAGCACUGUUCGCUCGAGUACAGCGAAACAGGGCUCCUUGCUAAUAACGAAUAUGUUUGUGACACGGCAAGAUUUGAACAAGUUCAGAGGCGCGGUCUUAAAGUUGUGGGUUUUUAAAUACAUAAAUAUAUAUCCUAUUCAUAUACAUACAUAUAAAUCACACUAAUGUAAUAAUGAAAUUAAGUCUUAUAUGCCACGUGAAACACAAUAGCUUUUAGAAGCAGUCACGUAGGGUUAGACACUAAUUCUGCCAAUAAUAAAAUUACUUCACUUAGUUUCCCUUUUUUUUCAAAAUUUUCUAUAAAAAGUAGAGAUGAUCCUGUGUAAUAAAACGAGAACCGAUUU